AGCUCCGCUUCCGGUGGGGGUUCGCUCGUGCAGUUCACGAGUAGCAGCCAGGCUGCGUUUAGUGCUGCGGGGAAGAGUCGGCUUCAGGCGGUUUGGAACAGGUAUGAGUGAUUUCAGUGAAGAAUUGAUAAGGUCCAAGACAGAGGAUGACCAGGAGGAAUCAUGUGUAUUGUCUGGUACAGGAAUGUAUUUUCCUUGGCUCCAAAAGCAUAUAGACACUGUGGAAACUGGAGGAAAAAAGGAGAAGGAUUUUGCUCAGACAACCAGUGCUUGUUUGAAUCGUAUCCAAGAAGCUUUGCUGAAGCACCAGUGGCCACAAGCUGCAGGGUACAUGCACAGUUACUUCCAGAUCCUGGAAGAUUCAGACAGCCACAAGAGGCAGGCUGCACCCGAGAUUAUUUGGAAGCUCGGAAGUGAAAUUCUAUUUUAUCAUCCCAAAAGCAACAUGGAGACUUUCAAUACCUUUGCUGACAGGAUGAAAAACAUGGGUGUCAUGAAUUACUUAAAGAUCUCCUUACAACAUGCAUUAUACCUUCUGCAUCAUGGAAUGCUUGAGGAUGCAAACAGAAAUCUCAGUCGUGCAGAGACGUGGAGAUACGGUGAAAAGUCAUCGUCCCAGGAAGUGUUAAUCAACCUUAUUCAGGCCUAUAAAGGGCUUUUACAGUAUUAUACUUGGUCUAAAAAGAAGAUGGAAUUGUCUAAUCUUGAUGAAGAUGAUUAUGCUUACAACACAGCGUCCCAGACUAUGCUCAACCACAGUUGGAAGACAUCGGUAAACCUUGGUGCCUUGAUUCAAACUCCUGGAGUUUGGGACCCUUUUGUGAAGAGUUAUGUAGAGAUGCUGGAGUUCUAUGGGGAUCAAGAUGGAGCCCGAGAGGUACUCACCAAUUAUGCCUAUGAUGAAAAGUUCCCGUCAAAUCCAAAUGCUCACGUCUACUUAUACAACUUUCUAAAGAGGGAGAAGGCACCAAGAGAGAAACUGAUAAGUGUGCUGAAGAUUUUGUAUCAGAUUGUACCAUCUCAUAAACUCAUGUUAGAAUUCCAUAGAUUACUGAGAAAAUCAGAAAAAAAAGACCACCAUAAACUUGGGCUGGAAGUAUUAUUUGGAGUCUUAGAUUUUGCUGGAUGCACUAAAAAUAUAACUGCUUGGAAAUAUUUGGCAAAAUAUCUGAGACAGACUUUAAUGGGGAACCACCUUCCCUGGGUCCAAGAAGAGUGGAACUCCAGGAAAACCUGGUGGCCUAGCUUUCACUUCAGCUCCUUUUGGGCAAAAAGCGAUUGGAAAGAGGCUAAAGCUUUGGCUUGUGAGAAGGCUUUGGUAGCUGGAAUACUGUUAGGAAAAGGUUGUAGAUACUUUCGGUAUAUUUGCAAACAAGAUCAUCAAGUCUUAAGGAAAAAAAUAAGGCGGAUAAGGAAAUCUGUGAAAAAACACAGUAUUGUAAAUCCAGGACUCUGAUACUGAAUAUUAGUUAUUUAAGAUGAAUAGCUACAGAAUAGUAGCUCGGUAGGUGUUACUGAAUGUAUUUAAUUGGCGUAUCUAUGAUGUAGUUUAUAUUUUUAUAUUUUUCUAUAUUUUCUAUAUUUCUGUAUUUUCUUUUAUUGUAAUUAUAGCUAAAAAAGAAACAGCCUUGCUGCUUUUGUUCUUUGUAAAUAGCAUAUUUUUCUUUUUUGUACCAUUAAAUAUAAUAUUUAUUAAGAAAUAAACCUUCAAAUAAGAAAUAUAUUUGUUUAAUUAGAGAAUACAGGUCUACGGCAGUUAUUGCUGUCUGCAGAUAAUUUCCUUCUGACUGUUGUAUAAUAAAACAUAACUUGCAGUGUUGUUAA